CAGUCCCAGGGCUGCAGCCGGGGGUGUAUGGGGGACCCCCAAGGCAGGAUGUCCCGGGAGCUCUGGUCUGGGGGUCCAGGCGCUGCUUGUCGCCCUGGGGAACCAUCUCUGGGUCGGGGGGCGGGCGGGCGUGCAAAUAAGCCCCGUUUAUAAUGAGAGACAAAGCACACUGAUUAUUUACAGAUGGGGUAGCCAGAGAGAAACAUUUGGACAUAAAUAUAUAUGCAAAAAAUAAAAACGAAAACCUGAGCCAUGCAAUCCAUAGAGAAAGACGGUCGAAGGCGGAGAAAAGAAAGCGCUUCUUCCUGCGGUGAACUAGGGAACUCCCUCCCGCAGGAGGCAGGGAGGGCCACCAACCUCGAUUCCGUUCCCAUAAUCCGUGGCAAGAAAGACGGGUUGUUAACCACCGGGGGUGGGUGGGGGAAUAUCGCCUAUCAACUCUCAGCCUCCUGAACUAACCGCGUUCCCCAGGAUCCUUUGGAAGCCAUGGCUCUAUCAAAGGGUCUGAUUCUGCUUUGCUUUAAACAAGGAUAAUAGAAGUAAUGAAUGAUACCAAUAAUUAAACUGGGUCUUCUCAUGUCAUUUGUAUAUCACAAAAAUAGCAAAAUAAAUAUGCAGGAAUAUCUGCAAUAUAUGUUUCAUUAUGAGUGUUCAAUGUAGGAUUCUUUGGUUCGUGAAUUGGUUUAAACAGAAGCAACAUAGCAUAGCCAAACGCCUAGUGAGGCAAGCUUGUGGUUGCUAAGGUUAAGUCGGAGUAAUACUCCCCUCCCCUUUUCAUGUUGGCUAAAGCCCCUUUGCCCUGAAGUUGGCCGGCUGGGAAGAAAAUUUUCUCUUUAUUUUUCCCACCCACCCCCCACAACUCGCCCAGCUAGUCCCUGAGGCCACCUGAGCCUCCAUUGACCAUGCUGGAUUCAGGAGUACCCCUAGGCAUAUGUGGCUGUGUGUGGGUUAAGCUAUGUCACACCAUCAUCAUUAUUAAUCCACCCUUCACCUUCAGUUCCCACGGCAGAUUACAACAUUAAAGUACAAUACUGUAUUAAAACCGUUUAAAACAACUUAAGGUCUCAGAAAUAAGAUGAGUCUUUCUUUACUUGCUUUUCAGUGCUGUCGCUUGGCUCCACCCACAUGUACUUUGAACUUACCCACGUCAUCCUCAGGGGAUUGGCCAGAGAAAGCUCAGAGUCUGGGCUGUGGUGCAGUCCAACCCUGGUUCCUAGAUUUGCUAGUGCUUCUAAUUAGGACAGACAGAACUUGGCAGAAGAAAACGGGAUCUCCGCGAGGCUUCAUGAGAACCCAAAUGGAUGAGCAAGACUCAGCUGACCCUGAAGCAGGAAGAGGCCAUGCUAUCAAAACUGGGAGCAGUGGGAAAUUCUGGGGAAACUCGGUGCAGAAGGUCCUGGGUGAGGAGGACACCCUCCACUCAGAGGUGCAGUGCCAGCAGUUCAGGCAGCUCUGUUCCCUGGAGGCUGAAGGACCCCGAGAAGUUUGCAACCAAUUUUACUGUCUCGAUGGUCAGUGGCUGAAGCCAGAAAGGCAUACGAAAGCUCAGAUGCUGGACCUGGUGAUCUUGGAGCAGUUCCUGGCUCUCCUUCCACUGGAGAUGGAGUGCUGGGUGAGGGAAUGUGGAGCAGAGACCAGUUCCCAGGCAGUGGCCCUGGCUGAAGGUUUUCUCCUGAGUCAGGCAGAGGAGAGAAAGCAGGCAGAGCAGCUGGGAAAGGAACUGUUUGCAGAAAUGGGCUUGGAUUCCUCAGAGAGGACUCUGUUGGAAACCAGAGAGAGGCCAUUGGGUGACCGAAUGAUGCCAGCAAGACCUGCUCAUCCAUCUUAUCAUGUUGCUCGAGGGAAAGCAGCGGCUGUGGACCCAGAUAAAGGUCCAGUGUGCUUUGAAGAUGUUGAUGUUCAUUUCACAGAUGAGGAGUGGGCACUGCUCGAUCCUGACCAGAGAACUCUGCAUAAGGAAGUCAUGGAGGAGAAUCGUGAGAUCAUGGACUCUCUCAUUGCUGAUGAAUUGGAAAUUAAGAACAAGAGAGACCCCUGCAAAAUCCAUACAGUGGAGAAGCCAUAUAACUAUAUGGUGUGUGAAGAGAGCUUCAGUCAGAGCUCCCAUUCCACUUCCCAUCAAAAAAAUCCCAUUGGGAAGAUACUCUGUCAGUGCUUGGAAUGUGGAAAGUCCUUCACCUGUAAGGAAAGUCUCACUUCCCAUCAAAGAAUACAUACGGGGGAGAAACCACAUCAGUGCUUGGAAUGUGGAAACAGCUUCAAUUCCAAGAGGAGUCUCACUUCCCAUCAAAAAACUCACAGCAGGAAAAAAUCAUAUCAGUGCUUGGAAUGUGGAAAAAGCUUCAGUCAAAGCUCCUAUCUCAUUUCCCAUCAAAGAACUCACAGCGGGGAGAGACCAUAUCAUUGCCUGGAAUGUGGAAGGAGCUUCACCUGGAAGGCAAGUCUCACUUCCCAUCAAAUAAUUCAUACAGGGGAGAAACCAUAUCAGUGCUUGGAAUGUAAAAAGCGCUUUAGUCGGAACUCCCAUCUUACUUCCCAUAAAAGAACUCAUAGUGGUGAGAAACCGUAUCAGUGCAUCGAAUGCGGAAAGAGCUUCAGUCAGAAGGGCCCACUCACUUCCCAUCAAAGAACUCACAGUGGGGAGAAUCCCUAUCAGUGUUUUGAAUGUGGAAAGAGCUUCACCUGCAAGGAAAGCCUCACUUCCCAUCAAAGAAUUCAUACAGGGGAGAAACCAUAUCAAUGCUUAGAAUGUGGAAAGAGCUUCACUUGGAAGGUAAAUCUUACUUCACAUCAAAGAAUUCAUACAGGGGAAAAACCAUAUCAAUGUUUGGAAUGUGGAAAGAGCUUCACCCAGAAGGAAGGUCUCACUUCCCAUCAAAGAAUUCAUACAGGGAAGAAACCAUAUCAGUGCUUAGAAUGUGGAGAGAGCUUCGCCUGGAAAGUAAGUCUCACUUCCCAUCAAACAAUCCAUACAGGGGAGAAACCACAUCAGUGCUUGGAAUGUGGAAAGAGCUUCAGUCGGAACUCCCAUCUCACAUCACAUGAAAGAAUUCACAGAGGGGAAGAGCCAUAUCAGUGCUUGGAAUGUGGAAAGAGCUUUAGUCGGAAGGAUAAUCUCACUUCCCAUCAAAGAAUUCACAGCGGGGAGAAACCCUAUCAGUGCUUGGAAUGUGGAAAGAGCUUUAGUCGGAAAGAAAGUGUCACUUCCCAUCAAAGAAUUCAUACUGGGGAGAAACCAUAUCAGUGCUUGGAAUGUGAAAAGAGCUUCAGUCAGAACACCCACCUCACUUCCCAUCAAAGAAUUCAUACAGGGGAGAAACCAUAUCGGUGCUUGGAAUGUGGAAAGAGCUUCAGUAAGAGGGCCCAUCUCACAGUCCAUCAAAGAAUUCACACUGGGGAGAAACCAUAUCAAUGUGUUGAAUGUGGAAACAGCUUCUAUUCCAAAGGGACUCUCACUUCCCAUCAAAGAAUUCAUACAGGGGAGAAACCAUAUCAGUGCUUGGAAUGUGGAAAGAGAUUCAACCAAAAGGAAAAUCUCAUUUCCCAUCAAAGAAUUCAUACAGGGGAGAAACCAUAUCAAUGUUUGGAAUGUGGAAAGAGAUUCAGCCGAAACUCUCAUUGCAUUUUCCAUCAAAAAACUCACAGUAGGGAGAAAUCAUAUCAGUGCUUGGAAUGUGGAAAGAGAUUCACCUGGAAAGGAAGUCUCACUUCACAUGAAAGAAUUCAUACAGGGGAAAAACCAUAUUAGUGCUUGGAAUGUGGAAAGAACUUCAGUAAGAGCACCAAGCUCAUACCCCAUCAAAUAAUGCACCACGGGGAGAAUCAUAGAAUCAUUGAAUUGUAGCAUUGGAAGGGACCUUAAGGUUAAUCUAGUUCAACCACCUGCAAUGUGGGAAUCUCAGCUGAAGCAUCCAUGACAUGACCUUCCAGCCUCUGGAAGGAGCAACCACCACCUUCUGAGGGAGUCCGUUCCACUGUUGAAUCAUAGAAUCGUAGAGUUGGAAGAGACCACAAGGGCCAUCCAGUCCAACCCCCUGCCAAGCAGGAAACACCAUCAAAGCAUUCUUGACAUAUGCCUGUCAAGCCUUUGCUUAAAGACCUCCAAAGAAGGAGACUCUACCACACUCCUUGGUAGCAAAUUCCACUGCGGAAAAUUGAACAGCUUCGACCACCAGAAAGCUCUUCCUUGAGAUAUUUGAAGGUGGCCUUCAUUCCACCAUCUCAGCCUCCUCUUUUCUGGGCUAAACACAGCCAGUUCUCUAUCUAAACCAUUCCUCACAAGGCUUGUUUUCCAGACCCUUGAUCAUCUUAGCCACCCUCCUCUGCACAUAACUGGACACAAUAUUCUAGGUGUAGUCUGUCCAAGCACUAGUCUGACAUUGAACUGGACACCAUACUUCAGUUGAUGCAGACAUUGGCCUUUUUGACUGCAGCAUCACACUGUUGACUCGUGUUAAACUUGUGGUUUACUAAGACCUCUAAAUCCUUUUCACUUGUACUAAUGUCAAGGCAAGUGUUACCCAUCGUAUAUAUGUGCAGCUGAUUAUUCCUGUGUUAGUGCAGAACUUUCAUUUGUCCUUAUUAAAAUUCAUUUAUUGCCUUUUUAUACCAUCUUUUCCUCUAAGGAGUACUUUUGCUGCAUGAGUAUACUUGUUAGCAGCUUUCAGUCCUUCAACAGAGUUUCUGGAAGCAGUGGUUAGCAGUUGAAGCUACACUUUGAGAAGAAACAUUCACAGACACCGUAAAACUCAGUCAAGUGUUUUAUUGCUUGACUGGUCAUAAAUGCUUCACAGUAACCCUAUUUACAAAAUGAUUAUUACAAAAGAAUUUCAGAAAUACACUGGAAAGAGAAGUUGCUGAACUGCAACUCAUUACCAAACUUGGAACCAUGGAGAGACCUGGCCUGAACAAAGACAUUGGAUUCUUAUCUCAUUAUACAUGGUAAAGCUAUCUUUAGCCAUCUCUCCCCUUGCUUUUUCCUGUAAGACAAAUUGCAGUCGUUAACAGUCAUCAACGAGUUUCCACACCUAUCAGUCAAACACCCAUUCCCACCACCCUCCUGAGAAUACCCCUCCCCACCCUCACACUAUAUAUGAGGGUCUGAAGAAGUGUGCAUGCACACGAAAGCUCAUACCAAUGACAAACUUAGUUAGUCUCUAAGGUGCUACUGGAAGAUUUUUUUAAAAUAUAUAUUUUGUUUUGCCUAUUUACAAUCAUUAUAGCAAGAGCUGUAACGGCAUACUUAAGUCUCACUCCCUCUUUCUUUUUAGCAGCGAGAUGCAGGCAGACACAAUCAAUAGGUUUAGGGAAGUUUUUAAUCUCUGAUAUUUUAAUGUAUUUUGGUAUUUGUUUGAAGCCGCCCAGGAUGGCAGGGGGAACCCAGCCAGAUGGGCGGGGUAUAAAUAAAUUUAUAAUAAUAAUAAUAAUAAUAAAGGCAGUCAUGACAACAACAGUUUGGAGAACCAGUGAAGGCACUGAAGGUCCUGUGUGAGUGCCUAGAGGCGGUUGGAGGAUGGAUGGCGGCUAACAUAUUAAGGUUCAAUUCUGACAAGACAGAAGUACUGUUUGUGGGGGACAGGAGGCGGGCAGGUGUGGAGGACUCCCUGGUCCUGAAUGGGGUAACUGUGCCCCUGAAGGAGGAGGUGUGCAGCCUGGGAGUCAUUUUGGACUCACAGCUGUCCAUCGAGGCGCAAGUCAAUUCUGUGUCCAGGGCAGCUGUCUAUCAGCUCCAUCUGGUAUGCAGGCUGAGACCCUACCUGCCUGCAGACUGUCUCGCCAGAGUGUUGCAUGCUCUAGUUAUCUCCCGCUUGGACUACCGCAAUGUCCUCUAUGUGGGGCUACCUUUGAAGGUGACCCGGAAACUACAACUAAUCCAGAAUGCGGCAGCUAGACUGAUGACUGGGAGCACGUUUCUGAGCACAAUUCAAAGCGUUGGUACUGACCUUUAAAGCCCUAAAUGGCCUCGGUCCAGUAUACCUGAAGGAGCAUCUCCAUCCCCAUCAUUCUGCCCGGACACUGAGGUCCAGUACCGAGGGCCUUCUGGUGGUUCCCUCGUUGCGAGAAGCCAAGUUGCAUAGAACCGCCCUGUGGAACGCCCUCCCAUUGGAUGUCAAAUAGAAAAACAGCUACUUUUUAGAAGACAUCUGAAGGCAGCCCUGUUUAGGGAGGCUUUUAAUGUUGAAUAGAUUAUUUUAUUUUUCUGUUGGAAGCCGCCCAGAGUGGCUGGGGAAACCCAGCCAGAUGGGUGGGGUAUAAAUAAAAAAUUAUUAUUAUUAUUUGUUGGUCAGUCAUUAGGAAAAGGAAAAAACAAAAGUUCUGCUUUUAUCAGCACUUCCAGCUGAAGCUGCGCAUGCUCAGAGUGCCACUCCCACUUAUAUACGACUGUUCUGGAAUCUUCUCACUGUUUCUGGAUGAAUGACUCCCGAACACCCCCUCUCAGUCAUAUAGAAACAGAAGGUAUAAUGACUUGGGUUCAGGUUCUGGCGUGGGUGGACUUGGCGCAGUGGUGGCAGGCGGAGUGGGGCAGAGGCGAGCUUGCAGUCGCCCUUGCAAUCGCCUAAAACUCACUGCUGCUGAUGUUUAAAUAUACAGUACAAUACUAAAAAUACCAGUGUUUUGAAUAUUUAAGAAAAUAUCAAAGUUCUGUUCGAUGUUUGAAAUAUUGAUUUCUUAAUUUGGGGUUCACAAUCCAUGUAUAAGACGAACCUAAUUUUUGACUAAGUUUUUUAAAGCAAAAAUCAUUGUCUUAUACAAGGAAAAAUAUGGUAAAUACAAAUGAUGGUUUCCUUUGCAAAGUGAACAGUUGCAAUUAUAUCUUUUUGCACUGU